CCCCAGCCUCGAAGCAGACCGUGUCCUGCGAAAACUGCCACAGAACUGACGCAUCCAUGGAGCGCUCCAUCCUAUCGCAACAUCCACGAUGCACAGCAACACUUCCGUGCGUAGUGAUAUAGAAGACAACAUCGCAACCGACUCAAGAUAGCAUACCAACAUCAUUUUUUUUCACGUCGACAACCCACUUCUCCCGUUGUGUAACUUUCCGAACCCGUCUUUCUCCCCGCUUCCUUCCACUCCUCCGCGUUCCCUGUCCGGGUUUCCAUAAACUCUGUCCCGGUGAAAACGUCUCCAUGGAUGGGAUAGCCUUUGGCAUGAUGCCCAGGACCGUCCGGGUACGGAGUCGGCCACUUCAAGUGAUGCUGAACCAGCGGAAGACCAAAGCUCAACGGAAAAAGCGAAAGGAGUUGUUAGGUGGGCAGAUGUUCUUCAUAGGGGUGCUGCUCGCUCUUGUAACGGGGCUCUCGUGUUUGGCGGAGAAAGCAGGUUAUGACAUCUCCAGCCUUACAACUGAGGAGGGUGCCAGAUGGGAGAGUCGGAGGCUACUACAGGAGUCCUCGGACAACGAGACAGACCUUCUGUUGAACCCCCCGUCCAAAAACUGCACUGAGCCAGCGUUACAUGAGUUCCCCACAGACCUGUUCACCAACCAGGAGCGCACAGAGGGAGCGGUGGCCCUACACGUCCUGUUUGCCAUGUACAUGUUCUAUGCGCUGGCUCUGGUGUGUGAUGACUACUUUGUUCCCUCUCUGGAGAAGAUAUGUGAGCGUCUCCAUCUUAGUGAGGAUGUGGCAGGUGCAACCUUCAUGGCAGCCGGCAGUUCAGCUCCUGAACUCUUCACCUCUGUUAUCGGUGUGUUCAUCACUAAAGGGGAUGUGGGGGUGGGCACGAUUGUGGGCUCAGCUGUCUUCAAUAUCCUCUGCAUCAUUGGAGUCUGUGGAAUAUUUGCUGGCCAGGCAGUGCAUCUGUCUCGUUGGUCUCUUAUGAGAGACUCUGUGUACUACACCCUGUCCAUCACUGCUCUCAUAGUGUUCAUAUAUGAUGAAAAGGUUUCAUGGUGGGAGUCUCUGACACUGGUUCUGAUGUAUUUUGGCUACAUUUUGAUAAUGAAGUUUAACUCAAACAUUGUGCAUUUCCUGGAGAGGCGUAAGAAGAACUCGUCCAGCCUGGGGAACGGCACAGCCAGUAACGCUGACCUGGAUGACAACUGUGAUGCAACCGCUGUCCUGCUGAAGAAAACUAACUUUCACAGAAAGCAGUCAGUGUUGAUGGUAGAUGAGUUGCUGUCAGCCUACCCCCACCAGCUGUCCUUCUCUGAAGCCGGCAUGAGGAUCAUGAUCACCAGCCACUUCUCCCCUCGCACACGCCUCUCCAUGGCCUCACGCAUGCUCAUCACUGAGAGACAGCGUCUGAUUAGCACCCGGCCGUUCACUAACGGAGACUCAGAGGUCACGGUGAAGGUCGGCAGUAGGCGGGGCCUGGAGAACGGACUGGGCGGGCCCGAGAGGGGAGUCAAAGGUCGCCUUGGUCACCAUGGAGAGGACGACAGGGGAGGGGUGGAGGCCGGCAACGAGACGGAAGACAAUGAGAAUAAUGAGAACGAUGAAGAGGAGGAGGAGGAGGAGGAGGAGGCAGAGGAAGGACCUUUUGUGCCUUUUCACGCCCCAGCUGGGUGCUGUAAUAAGAUCAAGUGGAUGUUAGCCUGGCCUCUGUGCCUGCUGUUGUUCUUCACAGUGCCUAACUGUGCCAACCCUCGCUGGGAGAGAUGGUUCAUGGUCUCCUUCGUCACCUCCACCCUCUGGAUUGCUGGCUUUUCCUAUGUCAUGGUCUGGAUGGUGACAGUGAUCGGGUUUACUCUGGGUAUCCCUGACGUCAUCAUGGGCAUCACCUUCCUGGCAGCUGGCACCAGUGUCCCUGACUGCAUGGCCAGUCUUAUAGUGGCACGGCAAGGUUUUGGGGACAUGGCUGUGUCUAACUCUAUAGGCAGUAAUGUGUUUGAUAUCCUUAUUGGACUGGGCCUACCCUGGGCCCUGCAGACUCUGGCCAUCAACUACGGCUCCUAUAUUAAACUGAACAGCAAAGGGCUCAUCUUCUCUGUGGGACUUCUGUUGGGGUCUGUUUUCCUCACAGUCCUGGGGGUACAUCUGAAUGGGUGGAAACUGGACCGUCGUUUGGGCCUGGUGUGUCUGCUCAUGUACUCCAUCUUUCUCUGCUUCUCCAUCCUCAUUGAGUACAACAUCUUCACCUUCGUCAACCUGCCCACCUGCAGAGACCGCUGAGACCCAGUUCUCACUCUCCCUUCUCGUCCUCCUGCUCCCUCUCUCCAGGAGAUGGUCCGGCUUGUGCGGGAUCUGUCUGCACCUCAGAUAUUUGCAUUAUUAUUCAAAGCAUCAGUUUUUUAAUUUUGUUAUUUUCUUUAUGGUCGGUGCAAUAUGGAGUAGCGUGUGUGUGGUUUAAACAGGAGAGGAGAUAAUUGGGCACACAUGCAGGAGCACAAACUGACUUGUAAAAAGCUCUCACACAGGACUCGUGAACAAAGCAAUUUUUGUCGACUACUGCCUGCUUUGAUGUGAAGAUUUUUUUUUGUUUGGGUUUUUGUAAAGGUGACUGAAACUGCAUUAUAUUCUACCUUGUGAUCUUGAUGAUAAUUUAUAAUGUAAUAUGUUUAUUAGCUGCUAACUGGCUUUGAUGAAAGCCGGUCUGAUAAGAAUUGAUACUGUCUACUGGAAUAGUGUUCUUUGAACAAUAUUAAAUUAAAUGUUUUCUGCUUUGUAAAUACA